GCAGAGCUCUCCUUAGAGAACUUUCCACAGACAUAUGUCAAUGGGAUGAUCCACUCCCAGAAAAGUUGCUCCAAGAGUGGAGCGCAUGGAAAGAGUCCCUGAAACUUCUCGAAGAAGUCAGAAUACCAAGAAUGUACACCUCCAUAUCCUUCAGUGGCGCAGAAAAAAGGGAGCUCUGUAUAUUCUGUGACGCGUCUACAAAAGCUAUCGCUGCAGUAGCCUACGUCAAGCUCACAGAUUCAGAAGGCAAAAGCGAACUGGGAUUCGUGUUUGGCAAAGCGAAACUUGCACCGCAGCAGGAAAUAACAAUCCCCAGGCUCGAGCUAUGUGCAGCUGUUCUUGCUGUCGAGAUUGCUGACAUUAUCACAGAGGAAAUCGAUGUUCCCUUCCAUUCUACAAGAUUUUUCACGGACAGCAGAGUGGUACUCGGAUACAUACAGAGUGAAUCCAGACGAUUCUACGUCUACGUAUGCAAUCGCGUACAGAGGAUUCGAAAAUCGUCCAACCCAGAGCAGUGGAACUAUGUUCCAACAGACCUUAACCCGGCCGACAUAGCUUCAAGAUCAAUCCCAGCUAGUGCGCUCUCAUCAAGCCCAUGGCUCGAAGGACCAGAUUACCUACUGGGAUCAACUCCUGAAGUGACUAAACACACCUUUGAACUAGUCAAUCCUGAAUCAGAUCCUGAGAUCCGUCCAACAGUGACAUCACUUUCAACCAAUGUCGCGGCUUCUUUCCUCGAAACGAGACGAUUUGUGUCUUUCUCUACUUGGGGGUCAUUGUUGAGAGCAAUAGCAAGGCUCAUUCAUAUUGCAAGGUGUUACAGGAACAGCACUCCCCCAAAAAAGUGUCAUGGCUGGCAUACCUGCAAAAGUCUUAGUCCAGAAGAUUACAGUAAGGCAAAGAGCGUUCUUCUGAGUGGUCUUCAACACGAGGUUUACCCUGACAUCUUCACAUGUCUUCGAGCCCAAAAGGACAUUCCGAAACAGAGCCUUCUCAGAAAACUCUCUCCUUUCAAAGACAAUGCAGACUGUCUCAGGGUUGGUGGUCGCCUUUCACAAGCCAGCAUGGAAAGCGACGAAGCACACCCCAUUAUCAUCCCAGGUAACCACCAUUUAACUACCCUACUAAUCCGACACUACCACCAACAGGUGCAGCACCAGGGGCGCCAUUUCACAGAGGGAGCCAUGAGAUCGGCUGGCUUCUGGAUUGUUGGUGGGAAACGGAGCAUCAGCUCAGUCAUCCACCACUGUGUAAUUUGCCGCAAGCUCAGGUGGAACACAGAAAAGCAAAAAAUGUCAGACUUACCCUCUGAUCGUGUGACAGUCUGCCCCCCGUUUACUUACGUCGGAGUUGACGUCUUUGGACCGUGGACAGUAAGCUCUCGGAGAACAAGAGGAGGCCUUGCCAGCAGCAAACGCUGGGCCGUCAUCUUCACCUGCUUGGGCAUCAGGGCCAUUCAUGUUGAGGUCAUCGAGACGAUGGAGUCGUCUAGUUUUAUCAAUGCUCUGAGACGAUUCAUCUCUAUCAGAGGACCAGUAAAGCAGUUGAGGUCCGACUGUGGGACCAACUUUCUGGGAGCGUGCAAGGAGCUCGGCAUAACUUCAAAACACUGCGACAACCAGGAAAUUCAAGACUUUUUAUCCAAGAAUGAAUGCACAUGGAUCUUCAACCCUCCUCAUAGUUCUCAUAUGGGAGGAAGUUGGGAGCGCAUGAUUGGCAUCGUGAAGCGCAUACUGGACUCUAUGCUAACUGUCAACCCAGUUCGCCCGUUGACCCAUGAAGUUCUCGUUACCCUUCUAGCAGAGGUAACCGCUAUCGUAAACUCUCGACCGCUACUACCAGUCUCAUCAGAUCCAGAUUGCCCCUUUCUUCUUACACCUGCUACCCUCCUUACGCAGAAAACUGGAUUACCACCUACGCCACCCGGGCACUUUGACAAUAAAGAUUUGUUCGGACGUCAAUGGAGACAAGUGCAGCAUCUUUCAAAUGUCUUCUGGCACCGUUGGAAAACACAGUAUCUGCCGACACUCCAAGAGCGAAGGAAAUGGCAAUCUGUGAGUCAAAAUCUUCAAAAGGGAGAUCUUGUUCUUCUAAAGGACAGUGGAGCUAAAAGAAACCACUGGCCCAUGGGGGUGGUUGUUGAGACCUUUCCUAGCCAAGACGGACAUGUCAGAAAGAUUGAGGUAAAGGUCGCUUCUGGAGGUACAUCUAAAACCUUCUUACGACCAGUGACAGAGACUGUACUCCUGCUGCGAAAUACUAAUAGAGACACUGAUCCUUAAAGAUGGUGAUGACAUCCAAUUGAUGUCAGACGGGGAGUGUGCUGGUGUAGUUCUUCUUCCCACCAGCAGGAGUCACUACAGUUCUUUCAUGCCAAGUUUUGUUUGUUAUUAGCUGUAGAGUUAGUAUGCAGCACACUUUGAGAAAAGACUGACUCAGCAUGUUGUUCUGAUAAACAUCUGCAUCCAUCCUCUUCGUUGUUUUACAGAAAGCAUCGCUUUUUCACUCUGUUGAUAAUUGAAGGCAGCGUCAAUAAAAGGGACGAUACACCUGUCAGUUGUCGAGGAGUUUAUCUAUCUGCAUAACUGUGUCCAGUGUAGCAGUGAGGGCAGAAUAGCU